AUGACACGCGGUCAUAUGAAGAUGCAAGCUAAGGCAAAGAAUCUGAAGAAGCAGGAAGCAUUGAAAAAAUCGGUCGGACAUGACCAGAAGGGCGCAUGCCUCAAGUCGCUUAUCUAUAAGUGCACUGUUUGUAUGGCGCAGAUGAUGGAUAAGAGGAGUUACAAAGAGCACUUUGAAUCGAAGCAUCCUAAGAGUCCACUGCCGGCGGAACUGAUGGAACAGCCAGAAGGGUCAUAA